AUGCCGGCCCCGACAGUUGAAGAUUUUACUUCUGACAGCGAUGACCAUGGGCCGUCAACCCUUUACUCCUACGCCCCAUCCCGUGGCAUCUCCAAGAAUCUGUCUAACCGGGGCUCAGUAUCAGCUGCUUCAGGUGAUGAAGGUGACUCCGACAUCGCCCGGCCACCCGAGCUAGAAACCACCACGAGUCGGGCGCCACCUGCUGCCUAUCAUGUCUUCGAGUUCAGAUAUGUUGGAGACGGCACGUUUGGCGGGCAACAUUCUGCAGAGCUGUCAGUUGUGUCCGACACCAAGGAAAACGCCUUGUAUGCCUUCACCAUCGUCACCAUCAUCUUCCUCCCACUUAGCGCGGUCUCGAGCAUUUUUGGCGUGAACAUUAGCGACUUUCGAGACAUGGAGCAGGGCCAGUGCUAUACUGGGCUACGGCCAUCCCCGUCACCGUCACCGUUGUUCUCCUUGGCCUCUGGGCCGGCGAGCUGGGAAACGCUUUCCGAUGGAUAUCUUGGGGCAUCGCGCGGUGGCUGUUGCCCCGCUACCUAG